CCAUUUUUGGGGGAAAAACAAAUCUGUUUGAUUCUCUCCCCCUCUCUGUCAAAUGAAAGCAAGAACCCUCGCCAAACCUCUCCAAAAGCUCUUCUCCCACCUCCACCUCCACCUCCACCUCCACCUCCGGACGCUAUCCACCGAUUCAAUCACCCCAGUCGACGAAUCCCAACUCCUCCGAGUCUCCACCGUCCUCUACCAACAACAAAACUCCCCUCAGCCCCAACUCCACACCCACCUCCACCGCUGCCAGUUCCAACUCACCCACGAAUUCUUCCUCCAAAUCUGCAACAAGUUCCCUCUCUCAUGGAAACCCGUCUACAGAUUCUUCCAGUUCACCCAGACCCAGCCCCAGUUCAACCACACCUCCACCACCUUCAACAAAAUGCUAGACGUGAUAGGAAAAUCAAGAAACAUCGAGCUUCUGUGGGAAGUUGCGAACGAAAUGGGGCGCCGAGGGAUUGUGGAUUGCCGGACGUAUCGGAUCGCGUUGAGCACGUUGGCCUCGGCCCGGGAGUUGAAGAGAUGUGUGGAGUUUUUUCAUGUGAUGGGUAAUGGUUAUGGUUUGGGGUACAGUGUGGAGAGGUUGAAUGAGGUGGUCGAGAGUUUGUGCAAGUCUGGCCUUGUUGUUGAGGCCAUGUAUGUGGUCAAAAAGUUGAGGGAUUGUGUUAGGCCAAAUGGGUUGAGCUACAAGUGGUUGGUGUUUGGGUUUUGUGAUGUGGGUGACUUGGUCGAGGCUUCAAAGGUUUGGAACUUGAUGGUGGAUGAUGGGUUCGAGCCGGGUACCGAUGUUGUGGAGAAAAUGAUGGAAACCCUUUUCAAGAAUAACAGGUUCAACGAAGGGUUGAAUCUUUUUCAGAUGAUGAGGGUGGGGAGGAUUAAUGAUUUGGGUCUUUCUACUUAUCGCGUUGUGAUCAAGUGGAUGUGUAAAGUGGGGAAGCUAGGUCAAGCCCGCGUGGUGUUUGAUGAGAUGCGUCAAAGAGGAAUACGAGCGGACAAUGCGACAAUGGGGUGUUUAGUUUAUGGGUUAUUAGCGAAAGGUAGGGUAAGGGAGGCUUAUGUGAUUGCGGAAGGUCUAGAGAAGCCUGAUAUAAACGUGUAUCAUGGAAUGAUUAAGGGGCUUUUGAGGUUGAGAAAGCCAAGUGAAGCAACACAAGUGUUUAGAGAGAUGAUAAAGAAAGGGUGUGAGCCUACUAUGCAUACUUAUGUUAUGUUAUUGCAAGGGCACUUAGGGAAGAGAGGGAGGAAAGGAUCAGACCCAUUAGUGAAUUUCGACACCAUUUUCGUUGGAGGUUUGGUUAAGGCUGGAAAGUCAUUAGAAGCGACAAAGUACGUGGAAAGGGUGAUCAACAGACAACUUGAGGUACCCAGGUUCGAUUACAAUAGGUUCUUGCAUUAUUAUUCGAAUGAAGAAGGCGUGGUUAUGUUUGAGGUCAUGGUGAAGAAGUUGAGAGAGGUUGGGUUGUUUGACUUGGCUGAUAUAUUUGAAAGAUAUGGAGAGAAAAUGGCUACUAGGGACAGGAGGAGGAAUAGAGCAACUGAAGUUAUUGAGUCAGAAAAUUAGCUUCCAACUGCAUUAUUGUGGGUCUUGUUUGAGCAAAUUUUGUAGGAUCAAACUUGAAAUCAAUGACGUUCAACAUUGCCCUUGCAUAUCUGUUUUUAGAGACAAGUCACGUAGUCAGUUUGUGUGGAAAAGGCUUCACUCAAGUAUUUUAUGGCAGCAGACAUCGCAUCUGCGGGUACAGGUUUGGUUUUAGAACGGUUGUAGGGAACAACAUCGUUUACAGUAACAAUGGGAGUCAAGGGAAUGCUUUUGUCGGGUUGGCUUCAAAACAGUGGAACCUUGAUGGAUCUGGGAUAUUUAUGCUUGAGGUGGAACAGGGAGCAGGCUUAUAUAUCACUUUGCAUAAUCACGAGCUUUGCUCUGUAGUGAACGACAGAAUUUGCUGAUCUUAUAAAGAAUCUGUUUGUAAAGUGAAAAUGGGACUUUAUUUGGCAUAAUGACAUGCAAAUAGGUGCUUGCUCUAUGACAUUUGCAGUCAUGAAUCAGAAUAGAGCAGCGGUGGAAUGGUAGAAUGGUUCUACCUGAAAUUGAAUUUAUGAAAUUUUUGUUUGGAGUUGGGAGAGAAGGAUUGUAAUGACUGAUUUCCAUGGCCCUCUCUUUGCAGUAAUGACUGUUUGAUCAAUUUCUAAUGUAUGCUUUGUUAGUUGAAAAAUGGAUGCAAUUCUAAUUCCAUGUUCAGGUU